ACAAACCACUACCAGUUAAAGGAAAAGGAGUAUUACUGGGACUAGGAGAAUUUGGAGAUGGAUUUGAUGGAGGAGGCGGAGGAUUUGAUGAAGGAGGCGGAUUUGAUGAAGGAGGCGGAUUUGAUGAAGGAGGCGGAUUUGAUGAAGGAGGCGGAUUUGAUGAAGGAGGUGGAUUUGUUGGAGGAGGCAGAUUUGUUGGAGGCGGAGGAUUUUCUGGAGGAGGAGGAAGGCUGGGAGGAGGGGUGUUGCCAGGACCAGCAUUACAAAAAAAGUCAGGUGUGCAAACUUUGUCAGGGGGGCAGCAACCACUACCACAAGGGCAACAUCCAUUGCUAUUUGGACAUGGAACAUAUGUUGGAUCACUGCAGCCACCAGGAGUGCCAACAUUACAAAAAAAGUCAGGUGUGCAAACUUUGUCAGGGGGGCAGCAACCAUUACCACAAGGUAUAUCUUUGGUAGUGCAUGGAAUGUUGCAGCCGUCAGGUAAGCAUGUUGCAACUGUAGGGCAACAUCCAUUGUUAUUUGGACAUGGAACAUAUGUUGGAUCAUUGCAGGUACUAGCGUUUGCUAAUAGAGUAAAUCCCGUAUAUUUUCCGAUAACGUCCGGAAAGUUUGUGAUGCUAGAUUUACAUUGUAACUGA